GGCGCUGUGGGAGGUUGUACGUUUUGCGCAAGAGGUGGUGGCAGCGGCGUUGAGGAGACGGCAGACUGCGCCCGGGGCUUGGGGCGGGCCUGUUUUCCUCCCCCUUGGUCUGAGUGGGUCUGGACACUCCCCUCCCGGCUCCUGGGCCUUGCCUUUGUUGUCUGUGAGGCUCGGAAUUUGACCCCUUCUCUUCACAUCCGGAUCCGCGCUUCUCCUACACCGUGUUUCCGGACUCCUCCCCCGAGAACGCCCAUCCGGUCUCUUCGCUCCUAAUUUUUGGAAUCUGAUCCCCUCUCCCAAAUUCUGCUGAUCUAGCUCCUGAUAACUUACUGAGACUCUAAAACAAUGGGCUGACUCUUGCCCCAUUGCCAAGGAUCCAGGCCACCUCCCCCACGGUAACGGGGAUAACUUCUUUUCUUGUAGAAAAGGAUUGUAGAUCCUUUUCCCACCUGAUGCCGCCCUUCCAGUGACCCCGUUUUCCUCCUUUACUGGUACAAACGCGGGUCUGGGCUCCCCUUUCUUAUCUAGAGCCUGGCUCCAGUGAGCCCUGCCCACACACUAUCUGCAGGUCCCCAGCCUGGGAAAAGAUGGCCCCACAACCCCCGAGGGUCCUGGUUUCAGCCUUGCUCUGGGCCUUGAACCUCUUCCUCAGCCUCCCAGGCCCUGUGUGUCUCCAGGCCUUUCCACCGCCCCAUUCUCCUCCUCCACCCGAGCCCCAUCCUUGCCAUACGUGCCGGGCGCUGGUGGACAGCUUCUACAAGGUGGGUGCAUCGGCGCCUCGAGGGAGGGGCCCGGCUGAGCGUCUGCUUGAGGGCCUGGAGAGAACCAUCCGGGACAACUUUGGAGGUGGAAAUACUGCUUGGGAGGAAGAGAAAUUAUCCAAAUAUAAAGACAGUGAGACUCGCCUGGUAGAGGUGCUGGAAGGCGUGUGCAGCAAGUCGGACUUCGAGUGCCACCGCCUGCUGGAGCUGAGUGAGGAACUGGUGGAGAGCUGGUGGUUUCACAAGCAGCAGGAAGCACCAGACCUUUUCCAGUGGCUCUGCUCAGACUCUCUGAAGCUCUGCUGCCCUGCUGGCACCUUCGGACCCUCCUGCCUUCCCUGUCCGGGGGGCAUGGAGAGACCCUGCGGUGGCUACGGGCAGUGCCAAGGGGAAGGUACUCGAGGGGGCAGUGGGCACUGUGACUGCCAAGACGGCUACGGGGGCGAGGCCUGUGGCCAGUGUGGCCUUGGUUACUUUGAGGCGGAGCGCAACACCAGCCAUCUGGUAUGUUCGGCCUGUUUUGGCCCCUGUGCCCGCUGCUCAGGACCUGAGGAGUCACAGUGUUUGCAGUGCAAGAAGGGCUGGGCCCUCCAUCACCUCAAGUGUGUGGACAUCGAUGAGUGUGGGACAGAGCGAGCCAACUGCAGAGCCAACCAGUUCUGUGUGAACAUGGAAGGCGCCUAUGAGUGCCGAGACUGCGCCAGGGCCUGUCUGGGCUGUAUGGGGGCAGGGCCAGGCCGCUGCAAGAAGUGCAGCCCUGGCUACCAGCAGGUGGGCUCCAAGUGUCUUGAUGUGGAUGAGUGUGAGACGGUGGUGUGUCCAGGAGAGAACGAGAAGUGUGAGAACACCGAGGGUGGCUACCGCUGCAUCUGCACCCAGGGCUACAAGCAGGUAGAGGGCAUCUGUGUGAAGGAGCAGAUCCCAGAGUCAGCAGGUUUCUUCUCGGAGAUGACGGAGGAUGAGCUGGUGGUACUGCAGCAGAUGUUCUUCGGUGUCAUCAUCUGUGCUUUGGCCACACUUGCUGCAAAGGGCGACCUGGUGUUCACUGCCAUCUUCAUUGGAGCGGUGGCAGCCAUGACUGGCUACUGGUUGUCAGAGCGCAGUGACCGUGUGCUAGAGGGAUUCAUCAAGGGCAAAUAAUCCCUGCUGCCAUGCGUGGGAUCUCCCACUCAGGCCACCCUGAGGUUGGUGUCUCUCCUACUGGAUGGUCAGAGCCAUUUGGUUUGCUUUUGAGAGUGGGGCAACAUGUCCUGCCCACCUUACAGAGCAGCCCAGCACCCAGGCCUGGGCGUGUGUUGCCCCUGGGGGUGAAAAAGUAUUCUCGAAGCUGGAUGCCACCAGGUCUUUGCCUGGGGCGACUGGAUGGGCCACAUGGUGUGUGAAUUUUGAGAGCAAUGUUUCUCCUUUUGGUGGCUUCGAGUGAUCCUUGGCCCCUGCCCAGGAUGAGAGGGGUCCCUGUGGGGCAGGGCUACCACAGCCCUCUCCUGCCAGCUGCAUGCUGUCACCUCCUGUUCUGUAUUCACCCCUUUCCCUCAGCCAUUCAUUUAUUUAUUCAUCUCAGGAAAUAAAGACCUUGGAAAAUGGA